UUGGUAGAGUUAGCUGGCAAAUACUCUUUAUAAUUGUUUAAAUAAUACAAUAUGAUAAAACUCACUUUACUCGUCAUCUUCGUCGCCUCUGCUUCGGCAGUUUCCGUCAUCUUUGAGGAUGGACCUUGUCCACAAUUCAAACCAAUGUCAGACUUUGACUUCAACUCUUAUGGCGGUACCUGGUAUGAAAUCGCUAAAUUCCCUAACCCCUCUGAGGAAGGUGACAAGGCCAAAUGUACUCUGAUUGAGUACUUUGUCAAAGACUUUAGGGGAAAGAUGAAGUUCACACACGUGGUCGAUGGAGUAAGAAAGUACAUUGAAGGAGAUCUUACACAGGUUUACCCUGGAUAUGGAAAGAUUAUGUACACUUACACAUUCGGAGGAAAAUCUAAAAACACCUACCUCUACGUUAUGGACACAGACUACAAAAACUACGCAGUGGCCUUCAGCUGCAGAUACUUCAAGGACAAUGACAAACAUCAAUUGCUCUCGUGGAUCCUGUCCAGAAACAAGGUAUUGGAAGGCAACGCGCUCGCCGCCGUCGACAAAUUCCUUUCAGCUAACUCAAAGUUAAUCAACAGAUCGUACUAUGUACAAAAUGAGCAUACAGAUGAAGCCUGCAAAGCUAGGACUACUGAGGAGAUAACUGAAUUCUUUAAGAUGUACCAGACUAACCCAAACUUAGUUGAUUAGAUUUAAUAUAAUGUUUUUUAAUAAAUACGUUUAUAUUAAUCAACACGUUUCAUUUCUAUUUA